AUGAAGCGUCAAGCAGACUCUGAAAGUGAAAGUACGGCGCCUGCCAAUAAGGUCCGGUUGGCCGCUGUCGAGUUGUCGGAAAUGGAGAGAAAAAAAAUCAAGGAAUACGAAGAAGAGAUUGAGAAAUUGAGAGCUCACAAUGAGUCUCUGCAACGUGAAAUUGAUGAUCUUACGCUUGAGGAGAACGAGACGAUUGCCAAGCUAGGAAUUGAAAACACACGACUGUAUAAAGAUCUUCGCAGGCUGAAGGUAGACAUUCAGAUGUUAGAGGACGCAAUGGAAGAAAAGAUCAAGGAGUUACACGAGAAAGACGAGUUACUCAAAAGACUGGACGCCGAUGACCCGACUACUAUGUCCGCAGAACUUGAAACUCGAAGUCGCCCUGUCAAGGAUGGGAGCUCUGAGGAACUUGAGGAGGUUCUAGCUUUGAUAAUCCGAUACCCCCGUCAUCUACGUCCGGCACAAAACAUAACCCCCCCCUCAAGGCCACAGACUACCUCGGAUUGGCGAGAAGCCGCGUCCGAGUAUCUCGACGUCAACGCCAGUCUGUCAUACUCUGAGUUUGUGCGGUUCUGGGCGGCCAAGGAACGAAGCACGAAUAAAACAGUCGGGAUAUCGGUUUCGAAAAUUGACCAGGCGUUCGGAUCCAGUUUCCCUCCCAAAGUCUGGAGAUGGUGGUUCCAUAUUCAACCUAAAGCAAGAGGGCCACCAGUUGAUAAGUUUCUGCCACCUUUCGAUGGGAAAUGGAAUACUCUUGACCGGUGGGGGGAAGACGGUUGGGUUCUGGCGCUCGUCGCACUGAAAUGGUGGUGGCUUGGUAUCGACAAGCUGGAGAAUAAUCAGCAGGAGAGUGCAAAGGCGGAAUGGGAAACGAUUCUACAAGAGAUGUUGUCAACGUUCCGCGCUGUGACUGGCACUGGCACUGUUAGAGAGUCGGCUGGCGAAGUAAGUAAUCGUUAG